GGGUCAUGUUUGAAUGCUACAGCUGUUCACCGGAGUUUGACAAACGUUCUUUCUGUGGCUCGUCAUCUGAAUGGGAAAGGCAGGGAUGGUCUUGGGAGGCCAACACUUUCAGAAAGAAGAGGGGCGCUGUCAAAAGAUCCUCUCACGGAAAACAAUCCCGGCCAGAUGGAGACAAGGGAAGGACUGCUUAAAUAAGCAGUCUCCUGAAAGCCACCACUGUUUUCGGCAUUGAAGAAAAGCACAAGCAGGAUUCAGAAAAAGCGAAUGAAAGGCUGGACUCCUUUGCCAUGACCUCUGUUUGCUGAUCUGCCAAUUAAUAAAGGUGUGCUGUGGGUUCAACACGGAAGCCUGCAGAGACUCAGUCAUGAAAGGUGAACUGCUCCUGCUUUCAAGUGUGAUUUUCCUGCUCCGGAUGGUGUACAGCUGCCCAGAGAAGUGCCACUGUCACUCCACCUCAAAUUCUGUAGACUGCAGCCAGCAAGGUCUGGCUGAAAUUCCUCCCAAUUUGCCUCCUCAGACUCUAACGCUGCAUUUACAAGAUAACCAGAUACACCAGCUUCCUGCUUUUGCAUUUAGGUCGGUACCACAGCUCAGGACCUUGAACUUGCGCAACAAUUCCCUUUCAAACCUGGCCCCUGGAGCUUUCCAUGGACUUCAGCACUUGCAGGUCUUAAACUUAACCCAGAACUCCCUGCAUUCCCUUGAAAGCAGACAUUUCCAUUCCCUCUCACAGCUGAGGGAGCUUGAUUUGUCAUCCAACAACAUCAGCCACCUUCCCACCUCCCUGGGUGAGCGUUGGGAGAACCUAACUGUAUUUGCAGUCCAACAAAACCGGCUUCAGCGGCUGGAUCGAGGGAUCCUGGAAUCCAUGCCCAGUGUAAAGGUUUUAUUUCUCAAGGACAACCUCUGGAAAUGCAAUUGCCACUUGUUUGGUCUUAAACUCUGGCUGGAGAAAUUUAUCUAUAAAGGGGGAGUAACGGACAGUAUUAUCUGUGCAUCACCGGACACCUGGAAGGGAAAGGACCUCCUUAAAAUCCCUCAUGAGCUAUACCAGCCCUGCCCUUUCCCUUCUGCAGAUCUGGAGUCCUCCCAGGUGCAGCAGCUGGCUUCAGCCCACUGGGCUGUCUCGAGGCCUCCUGAGAGCCACAGCAUGGAGGAGCGAGACCACUCUGAGUGUGAGCUCAAACCCAAGCCCAGGCCGACUAAUCUGCGUCACGCUGUGGUCACUGUUAUCAUCACUGGGGUUGCGUGUGGGAUCCUGUGUCUCAUGAUGUUGGUGGCUGCCAUCUACGGCUGUACCUAUGCAGCUAUCACAGCCCAGUACCGUGGGGGACCCUUGGCUCAAACCAAUGAGGCCGAGAAGACAGAAGGAAAAGAGCUGUUUGACAGCUCACCAGCAUGAGAACUUUCAUCUCAAAGUGAAUUAUCACUUUAGGCCAGAAGACCAUGUCUGAGUAGGGCCAAUAUGUUCACUGUUACUGCUGCCUCAUUUUGCCUUUUCCAAAAGUAAAAAAAGAAAAAGAAAAAGAGGUAUGUCUGUUAAAAAUAAAUAUUCC